AUGCAACUCGAGACAGAAGCGGCUCAAUCUGGAUCCUUGCCAGAAGAGGAGGACUGCAGCAUACUGCAGCUGUCAGUUUCUCGUUUGCAGCCUGCAGCCCACUUGGGUUUGCCUUGCGUGGCGUCUUCGAAGGACAGCUCCUUGCUAGAGGCGUGGGUUCUCGCUCGAAUGGACGAUUGGAUCAAGGACCGUGUGAAGGAAGAGAACGAAGCCAUCAAGGCGACAGACGCUCUACUUCGUUCGGGAAGAUGGGAGGAUGAGGAGCAAGCCUUCACGACAACAAGGAGCAUGCGGAGGUCCCAGACCACCACGAUGAAGCCCGCACUCACUGGGGCGGCUGGCAAGCGACGCCGAGAUGUCCUCAAGGUCAUCAUUGCCCGAACGCUCGAUGUGGAUGUGUACGUCCCUCCGAAGCUUGAGGACCUAGGAGAGCCAUGCCAGCUGUACCUGGCGUUCUCUCGCAGUCGCAGUGGGAUCCCGGCCGUCGACCACGUCGAAGCCGAGCCGCCCCGCACAGAGCCCAGACAUGCAAGGACGAACGCAGAGAUCUUCUGUCCAGCGUCGGUGGCAUUCUGUCAAGACUCCGACAGGACUGGCUUGCUGCAAUUCUAUGACAAUCAAGCUGUCGGCCAGAAAAACAGGGUGCUGUGGGAGUGCGUGCACGUGUCGCAAAGCUUGCACAUUGCCCACCUCUUUGUUUUUGUAGAGAGCAUUGGAGAGCCAAAGCCAGAAGGCGCCUGGCGAAUGUUUCAAGCCCUGCUUUUGGACGAAAGACUCACAGAGGCAUUGCUCGAACGCCGCCAUAGCGCCUUGGGCUUCACCAAUGAGCAGGUGAUACCCGAGCCAUGGGUCAUGAGACCUUUGGUGGUUUACAAGCUGUUGUGCGACUCGACGGUCAAACCUGCCUGGGGUGCCACGGGCGUUGAUGUGACGGAGUUUCUCUUGGUGCCGGGCUUCGUGUUCUGUGUUUGUGGCUACGAGACGGAGGAGGACUUUCACAGCACCACCUUCGAGCUUGAGGCAGGCCUCAGCGAUGAGGACCGGCAGCGGCUCACUCGAGGCAUGGCGGAAGCUUCCCAGCUCAUGAAAGAUGGCCUCACAUUCGAUGAGGCUCGACUCAAGAUACUGGCUCAGCGCAUGGCGCAGAUGGGAGUAGACUCAUCGGGCAUGCCGACUGACCCGAAGGCCUUCACUUUUGAAAAGGCCAGGAAUGCAGGAAGCCGCGGUGCUGACAGCGGUAGCUCAACUUCUUGGCGAUCGACUGGUGCCAGGCGCGGUGCCCAGGCUGCGAUGACGCCGCCGGCUGUCUCAACACCUGCGCCUCGCAUGUUCCCGGUGUCUGAGCAUGGCGAUGACACUCCAGGUGACCGCCGGCCCUUUCUGUCCGGGUCACUGCUCGUGGCUUGCAAGAGACUGAAGCCCGUCGUGCGGAGCGCGAUCCUCUUUCGCGCCGUGCCUUUCGUUGUGGCCGCGGCGGUCAUCAUUUUGCUUCGUCUGCUUCAGAUCGGGUGGACAAGAGACCCUGGCUUGCCAUCACUGUUGGUGCAAGAAGAUGUUGGGAAAGCUUUUGAGGUCCCUCCCUGA